AUGACACAGACAAACACAAUCACAACUCCCCCACGCGAGAUGCGUGCCCAGCAUCUCGAUGCCUUUAACACGCCAUAUAUACUACGCACGGUUCCCGUACCCUCGCUAGAACAACAGCACGACAUCCUCAUCAAGGUGGAUGCCGCUUCUUACUGCCACACCGAUGCCGUACUGGCGUCAGGGCAGAUGGCGCCCAAUCCGCCUUCCUUCCCCCACGUCGGCUGCCACGAGUUCGCCGGCACUGUCAUCGCCACUCACCCUUCCGCGUCGUCCUCUUCGGGGCCAAGACUUGAGCCAGGCACCCGUGUUGGUGUUCCCGGCCGGGCCUUUCGCCCUUGUGGAAUAUGCUCAGAGUGCGUUGCCGGACCGACCCCGUCAGAUCCAGACGCAGACCCCCCGGGCUACUCGGUGUACUGUUCACAUUCUCUCAAUAACGGCAUCAGUGGUCCCGGGGGGUUUCGUGAGUAUGCCGUGGUGGAUGCACGCCAGGUGGCCCCUCUGCCGGAUGCCAUGCGCGCGACCGACGCAGCCGCGCUCAUGUGCGCCGGUGUCACGAUCUACGCGGCCCUCAAGCGAUGCCACUUACAGCCACGCCAGCGUGUCGUGAUCAUGGGCUGUGGUGGUGGACUGGGGCAUCUAGGGUUGCAGUUCGCAGAGGCUAUGGGACUUGAGGUCAUCGGAGUUGAUGCUGCCGACGCACCUCUGCGGCUAGCUAGGGAAGCAGCCAAGACUGCCAGGAUAGUAGAUGCGAGAACCGAGGAGGCUGCCGACAUCGUGGCUCAGCUCGGUGCGCAAGAUGGAAAGCAGGACAGGGGAGACAUGGGCGUCGAUGCCGUUAUCAUCCUGCCAGAGAGCCAGAGAGCAUUCGACUAUGGCGUCGGUCUCCUCCGGAAUCACGGAAAGUGCGUCGUCGUGUCGUUCCCGGAGGCGGGAUUCCACUUAUCGGCCAGGGACCUGGUCUUUCGGGACAUCUCCGUUGUUGGCAGCCUUGUCGGCAGCAAUAAGAUUCUCAGGGAAAUGCUCGAGUUUGCCGCGCGCCACAAGGUGUCGGCCAGCGUCAAGACGUUCCCACUAUCGGGCUUGAAUGACCUGGUGGCCGAGUAUCACAAGGGGGAGGGUGGGAAACUCGUCAUCGACAUGUCCCUUCCAGACGCGAUCUAG